UUGGACGAAACCAUAUUUGGUCGGAUGGGGAUCCACAACUCUGCGCAACGUUAUGGCGCUUUCGAAGGAUAGUACAGUAUUUGACGGGAGUACUUAAAAAGCGUGGCUAAAAUAAUAAUAAUCAUUGUUUUAGAAAAAUGAAACUUGGGCUAUUGAAUUUAGCUUCGCUAAGGUAAUGCCGUGACAACGACCGAUCCAGUAUAAGACAGGAAGUAAUGGCUGGCUGAAACCGACCGGUGUUCAUUCCGUACACAGGUCGCCUUUUACCUUAUAAAAUAAAGUAAAAAAAGAGGACUCGAUCAGAAAUUGCUAAUAAUGUGAUAGCAAACAGUUUGUACAACCCCUUCUGACUCGUUUUUGCUGCAGGACUUCACCAAGGAAACGAUCCGUUCCAGGAACGAGGAUCAUCCCUCGCAGCAAAUGACCUUAGUGGACGAUAGCUCCAUUAUGGCGACAACAUGCAGAUACAUGGUGCUCAGAACACUCUUUGCACUUGGAGCUCGCAAAGUUUGUUCUCGGCACUUAACCUCGACUUCAAGUCAAGGACGCCUCAUUCGGACACCUCAAGUCAGACACCCGAGCUGCCCUGACAAUUCCCAUUUGUCCGACUCUUCUAUUAGUGGGAGCAGCUCCUUGUCUUUUCGGAGUCACACAUGUGGACAACUGCGAUGUGAGCAUGUUGGAGAGAAGGUCACAUUGUGUGGAUGGCUCCAGUACCUGAGGCAAGACCUGUUUGCCAUUCUACGAGACUUUAGCGGCCUAACUCAAGUACUUAUACCUCAGCAGGAAUCUGCACGCCGUCUUAAAGAAGUACUGUGCAAUCUGACCGCUGAGUCUGUCAUCAAAGUUACUGGGACAGUUAGGCAACGGCCAGCGGGACAGGAAAACAAGGGGAUGCCAACAGGAGACAUUGAAGUCCUUGCUGAGAAUGUGGAAGUUUUCAAUGUGUGCCGGAAGUUGCCAUUUGAAAUUAAAGACUUUGUUAAAAAAUCAGAGUCUUUACGCAUGCAGUUUCGCUACCUGGACCUGAGAUCUUCUCGUUUACAGAAAAAUCUCCGACUGAGGUCCCGACUCGUGAUGAAGAUGAGAGAAUAUCUCUGUAAUACGCAUGGUUUUGUUGAUGUAGAAACUCCAACAUUGUUUAAAAGAACACCAGGGGGAGCCAAAGAGUUUGUGGUUCCAUCCAGAGACCCAGGUCGUUUCUAUUCCCUCCCUCAAAGUCCUCAGCAGUUCAAGCAGCUUCUCAUGGUGGCUGGUAUUGACAGGUACUUCCAGGUUGCUCGGUGCUAUCGAGAUGAAGGCUCCAAACCAGAUCGGCAGCCCGAAUUCACCCAGGUCGACAUAGAAAUGUCUUUUGUGGACCAGGCAGGCAUCAUGUCCCUAGUGGAGGGUUUGUUGCAAUACUCCUGGCCUGCAGAGAAAGGCCCCCUCACAGUUCCUUUCCAUAUCAUGACAUACGAAGAGGCCAUGAGGGACUAUGGGGUGGACAAACCUGAUACCAGAAUCGCCAUGAAGCUGAUGGACCUCAGAGAGGUUUUCCUGUCCACAGACAUUGAUUUCUUCAAAUCAGCUGUUAGCCGACCAGGUAGCUCUGUUUUGGCUAUCUGUGUCCCCAGUGGAGCUAAACUGUUCACUGGAAAAGAUUUAGAAGGACUGAAACAAUCAUCUCAGACCCAUUUUAACCAGAUGAGUUUGGUACUGGUCAGAGCAGACGGAACGCUGAAGUCUCCGCUGAAGAAGCUGUUGUCGGCCUCUACCGCUGAUGCUUUAGUGGAGAAGACUGGAGCCAAACCAGGAGACCUGCUACUGAUAGCUGCUGGUCCUUAUGACAUUCUGCGCCCAAUGCUAGGUAAACUUCGUUUGCAGUGUGCGGAGCUCCUGGAGUGUCAUGGCUUGACAGUCCGUGACUCUUCGGCCUUCCAUUUUCUGUGGGUGGUGGAUUUCCCUCUCUUCUUGCCUAAAGAGGACGAGCCAAAGCAGCUUGAGUCCGCUCAUCAUCCAUUUACUGCUCCAGUGCCAGAGGACACACAGUUACUAUACACAGAGCCAGAAAAAGUUCGUGGUCAGCACUAUGAUCUCGUGUUGAACGGAUGUGAGAUUGGAGGAGGUUCAAUCCGUAUCCACAAGGCUUCAGAGCAACUUCAUGUUUUAAAGAAUAUCCUCAAGGAGGAUCCCACUGUUCUUUCCCACCUGCUGGAGGCUCUGGACUGCGGCGCGCCACCACACGGUGGUAUUGCGCUUGGUUUGGAUCGGCUGGUUUCCAUCAUGGUGGGUGCUUCCAGCAUACGUGAUGUCAUAGCGUUCCCAAAGUCAUUCCGUGGUCAUGACCUUAUGAGUCACGCCCCAGACUUUGUUUCAGAGGAGGAACUAAAGUCCUACCAUGUUACAGUCAAGUGGCCAGAAGAGACGGGAGGACGACAAGAUGAGAAGUGUGGAGAUAUAAAAGGAACAUAGAAUGACACUCGAGGAAGUGGCCUUCUGCACCCUUUUUUAUCACGUUAACAGAGGGGCACAAAGAAGAAAUCAUGGUCUAAUCCUGACACUGUUCAUGCUGAAUUGCGCAAAACAAAUUGUGGAAUGAAAAGAACACGGAUUUAUAGAAAAUGGCUUACUGCAUUAUUGGUCAUGACCAUUCAAAUGAGCUUUUUUUUUUUUUUUUUUUUUUUUUAUAAUAUUAAAAACUUCAAUAACUGCAAUCAUUUGAGAUUAAAUAAAUUGCUUUUCAAGGCAAUGUGAACAUUAGACACUAAAAAUAGUCACCAACCAUAGAUGGCAAGAUAUACUGUAUGCAUGUACAGUACUUAACAAAUGUAAUUAAAUACACCUUGUCUCAAACUCGAGGCCUAGGGGCCAGAUCGGGCUCGCCACAUAUUCUUUUGUGGGCCACUAAAGCAGAUAAAGUGUCUACUUGUUUCUUGCUAAACGGAUUUGUUGUUUUUAUUUUGUUAGAAAAUCUGUAGGCUCCGAAAAUUGCAAUUUUCUUGAUUUUGUUCCGCUAUAACAAACUUAGUAUUUAUUGAUUUUACCAAAUCCCAUAACAUAAAUUAAACAUUACUGGUAUUUAUAUUUGGUUGUCACUAUUUUCCAUGACUUAUGAUUUAAAAUUAAGUUAGUUAAUAUAAUAUUAUUAUAUUAAUAAUAUAGUUAAUAUAAAGAAAUGCAGGUGCAAUUAUAUGUACAGCAGCUGAAAUAAGUAUCUGAACGUCACCAUUUUUCUCACUAAAUAUAUUUCCAAAGGUGCUAUUGACAUGAACAUUUCACCAGAUGUUGGGAACAACCCAAGUAAUCCACACAUACAAAGAAAGUAGAACAAAUAAGAUCAGAAAUUAAGUUUUGUGUACUAAUGUGAAAUGACACAGGGGAAAAGUAUUGAACACGCCAAAUGGUAUUUAUUUAAUACUUUGUACAAAAGGUUUUGUUUGCAAUAACAGCUUCAAGACGCCUCAUGUAUGGAGAAACUAGUCACAUGCAUUGCUGUGGUGUGAUUUUGGCCCAUUCCUCCACACAAGCAGUCUUCAAAUCUUGAAGGUUCCGUGCGUUUCUUUUAUGGAACUUGAGUUUCAGUUCUUUCCAUAGAUUUUCAAUUGGAUUCAAGUCAGAUGAUAGGCUGGGCCAUCCUAGCAGCUUUAUUGUUUUUCAUUGAGAGUAUCCUCGGCAGUAUGUUUUGAAUCAUUAUCUUGCUGAAAUGUCCAGCCUCCUUUCAUUUUCAUCAUCCUCAUAGAUGGCAACAGAUUUUUGUCAAAAAUGUCUGUAUAUUUGCCCAUUCAUCCUUCCUUCAAUAAUGUGGUUUGCCAGUACCAUUUGUUGAGAAGCAGCCCCACACCAUCAUGUUCCCACCUCCGAACUUCACUGUUGGUAUGGUGUUUUUAGGGUAAUGUGCAGUGCCAUUUCUCCCCCAAACGUGGUGUGCAUUAUGGCAUCCAAACAGUUCAAUUUCGCUCUCAUCCGACCAGACUAUAUUCUCCCAGUAUUUAACUGGCUUGUCCAAAUGUUGUUCAGCAAACUUUAAACGAGCUUUGACAUGCCUUUUCUUUUCAGCAAUGGGGUCUUGCGUGGUGAGCGUGCAUGCAGGCUGUGGCGGCGGAGUGCGUUACUCACCGUUUUCUUUGUGACAACAGUACCUGCUAAUUCCAGGUCUUUUUGAACCUCUCCACAGGUGGUCCUUGGUUCUUGGAAAGAGAAAGCACAGAGUCUUGACUUUGGGUACACAAAGAUGAAUCCAGUUUCAAAUUCCUCAUUCCUGU